GUUCCGCUACCGAGCGAAGAGUCCAGCACAACCAGAGCCACGGCGUCUCCGACGCAAAACAAGCUCAAUACGAACAAAAGAGGCGAGAGAAGCUCCAGCGUCUCUGGGAGGAAAGCGAGAUGAAGUUCUCCCAUAGUUUGCAGUUCAAUGCGGUCCCGGAUUGGAGUAGCCAAUACAUUGCGUAUAGCAACCUGAAGAAGCUAAUCUACCAGCUUGAGAAACAGUCACAUCAGCGAGGACGGACCGGGCAGGCUCAGGAUGCCGAAUCAUCUCCGCUCUUGGACGGGACGUCCGACGACCCGGACCAGGUCUUCACCAACGCUCUCGACCAAGAACUCGACAAGAUCUGCUCCUUCUACCGAUUCAAGGAGCUCGAAUUAUAUGGCGAGCUAGAACAGAUUCUCAAGGAUGAAGAGUCAUUUGAAGACGAAGCGAGCGAUUUGGAGCAUGAUGCGGUCAAUUCGAGUCGCAUGACACAGGCGCGGCCACGGUCUUCAAGUAUAUUCCGAACCAUGCCAUUCGGCUCGGGGAGACGACGCGCGAGUACAACCACGAGUCGAACCUCAACAGGCGGUCUAAUUGAGGAAGAGGAGGAUGACAGCGAUGAUGACGUUGAUGAGAGAUCUGCUCUGAAGCGGCAGAGGACAGCUGAAAGUUCCUGGGUUGGAGAUUCGCAGCAUGGGGAUCGGGAGUCUCGGGACCUAUCGCGACGGAGGACGAGCGGGGGCGCUCACGACUACAACGAUAUGAUGUUCUCAUCCAUCUACGAAUCCGGCAUGACGCUCAAGAAGCGCAUCGUCGGCAUCUACGUGUCGCUCUGCGAGCUUCGAUCGUAUAUCCAGCUCAACCGGACCGGAUUCACCAAGGUGCUGAAGAAAUACGACAAGAUCCUCAGCCGCAAUCUCAAGCGCUCGUACAUCGAUCGAUGUGUGGAGCCGGCCCAGCCGUUUGUGAAAGCCACCAUGGACCAGCUAAACGGGAAUAUCGAAGAGGUGGAGAAGGCAUAUGCCCACAUGCUGCCGUCGCAGGACGAAAGUCUCGCGAAACGUGAACUUCGGCUGCAUCUACGAGAGCAUGUUGUCUGGGAGCGUAAUACCGUGUGGCGCGAGAUGAUCGGCAUCGAACGACGAGCCCAAGCGGCGAAUAUGGGGAUCAGAAACACGAUGCUAGGGCAAGAAACUGAUCCCGCGAAAGCGAGACUCCAAGGGGACGAGGUGGAGCCGACGACGAAGGUAAUUCAGACGCCGUUGGGCGAGUAUAACGUCCCGAUCUGGCUGCUCAGCAAAACCAUCUAUGUCUUGAUUGGAAUUUGGGCGAUCUUCCUCGCCUUGCUGUUCAUCCCGAUUAUGAGAAUGCCGGAACAGCAGAAUUGUCUUGCUUUGGUGGUUAUCGUCAGCCUGUUAUGGGCUACGGAGGCCAUCCCGCUCUUCGUGACCUCCUUACUUGUUCCGCUCCUUGUGGUUGUUCUUCAGGUUGUCCGAGCCGAUGAGAAGCCCCAUAACCGUCUCGGAUCCAAAGAGGCAGCGAAGCAUGUUUUCGCUGCAAUGUGGACUCCGGUGAUCAUGCUUCUGCUGGGCGGUUUUACGAUCGCUGCCGCCUUAUCCAAGUACAAUAUUGCCAAAAAGAUGGCGACGGUUGCGUUGAGCAAAGCUGGAACAAGUCCAAAGAUCGUUCUCCUGACAAGCAUGUGCGUCGCGACGUUCGCCAGCAUGUGGAUCAGUAAUGUCGCCGCUCCCGUACUUUGCUAUUCGAUCAUACAGCCUAUUCUUCGCAAUCUUCCAUCCGACUCGAACAUGUCCAAGGCAUUGCUCCUUGGCAUUGCUCUAGCCUCGAACAUCGGUGGCAUGGCAUCUCCGAUCGCCUCGCCCCAGAAUCUGAUCGCACUACAGAACAUGACGCCUCAGCCUGGCUGGGGUAUCUGGUUCUUCAUUGCGAUACCGAUCUCUGUUAUCUCCAUCCUAUUGAUCUGGAUUCUGCUUCUCGUCACCUUCCGACCCGGCCGAAAUACCACCAUCGUGCCAAUUCGUGCCAUCAAAGAAAAAUUCUCUGGCAUCCAAUGGUUCAUCAGCAUCGUCACCGUCGCCACCAUUAUCCUGUGGGUUCUAAGCCAUCAACUGGAGCCGAUAUUUGGCGAUAUGGGCGUGAUUGCGCUUAUUCCCAUCGUUCUCUUCUUCGGCACCGGUAUCCUGACCAAGGAAGAUUUCAACAAUUUCCUGUGGACGAUCAUUAUCCUUGCCGCAGGUGGACUCGCACUCGGCAAUGCGGUUAACUCGUCUGGACUGCUCCAUACCAUUGCCGGGGCGAUCACCACCAAAGUUGAACACCUGCCGCUCUACGCCGUGCUGGUCGUGUUCUGCACCUUGAUUCUCAUUGUCGCGACGUUCAUCAGCCACACGGUUGCGGCCCUCAUCAUUCUACCUCUUGUACAGCAAAUUGGCAUCGGGAUGGAGCAACCGCAUCCGAACCUGCUGGUAAUGGGCAGUGUCCUCAUGUGCUCUGCUGCGAUGGGAUUGCCAACGAGCGGUUUCCCUAAUAUGACUGCUAUCAUGAUGGAAGACCCACAAACUGGACAGAGAUAUCUACGGGUCAAACACUUCAUUACCCGCGGUGUACCAGCUUCCGUGCUUACUUACAUGGUUGUAAUUACGGUUGGGUAUGGACUGAUGCUUGCUGCGGGCUUCUAGACGAUGGAUUAAAUGCUUUGGUUUAUAUUCGAAGUGCUACAUAUCGAUCCUAAAGUAUAGAUCGUGUAAUAUAUGCUCUCUUUCGAGAGUUCUGAGUCGAUAUUCUUUUUGCCCGGCAGUGUAGGAUCCGUAUAUCAUUCGCGCU